GUGUCUCUCCUUCCCCCCAGAGAGAAACCUCUCUUCACAGCCAAGGGAAUAAAGGCCUCUUUUCACAGAUGGAGGAGACUCAGUGGAAGGGGCAGGAGAUGGAAGAGCAGGACCCAGGAGGACCUGGAACUGGCAAGACAGCAAGCAAAGGCCCCUUUCUCCUCCAGGCUGGGAGUGGUGUUGCAUUCUGGGAAAGAGCUGUGCCAGAGACCCUGGCUGAGGACACCAUGACCUCGGAUGUACAUUGUCGACUCUUCCGGCAGUUCCGCUACCAUUGGGCUGAUGGGCCCCGAGAGGUUUGCAGCCAGCUCCAUGGACUUUGCAGCCGCUGGCUGAAGCCGGAGAGGCACACCAAGAAGCAGAUCCUGGACCUGGUGAUCCUGGAGCAGUUCCUGACGAUCCUGCCCCAGGAAAUGCAGUGCUGGGUCAGAGGAUGUGGGCCGGAGACCAGUUCCCAGGCAGUGGCCCUGGCUGAAGGUUUCCUCCUGAGUCAGGCAGAGGAGAAGAGGCAGGCAGAACAGAUGUGGGGAUCUUCCCUGAAGAUGGAAGCUACAUUCUCUGAGGCAGAAGGAGCUUCCUUGGUGCAGGGGGAGGGAGCGCAGGCCCAGGAGGGUGCCCAAGAUGCCCUCUCCUCUGGCAGUGGAGAGAUGCUCUUGAGCUGUUGUUUCUUGAGAGGUGUGGGAGCAGCUGCUGCACCUGCAAUCCAGUGUCCCUUUUCCUUUGAAGAGGUGGCUGUGAAUUUCACUGGGGCAGAGUGGGCCCUGCUGGAUCAGGACCAGAGAGCUCUCUACUGGGAAGUCAUGCUGGAGAACUCUGGGAAUGUGGCCUCUCUGGCAGUGGAUGAUCAGAGGAAUGAGGAGGGGGAGGAACUUCAUCAGCAAAUGCCAGACAGAGUUAAAAAUGAAGACUUGAAAGAAAACGUCAGGAAUGGAGGCAGGCCUAAGGAGAAAAUAGGCAGCUGUAUGGCUGAGAAGCAAGAUGGAAGAAAGCAUAAUGUACAUUUUCCAAAGCACAGGAUAAUGAAGGCAAGUAAAUCCAUUCAGUAUGGAAAGUACAUAAGAAAUAGAUCAAAGCUCCUUAUGCACCCAAAAAUACACGGAGAGGAGAAACUUUUUGAAUGCUUAGUGUGCGGAAAGAAAUUCAGUCAGAGUAGCUGUCUUCAACAGCACCAAAGAAUUCACACAGGGGAGAAACCUUUUGAAUGCUCAGAGUGUGGAAAAAGAUUCAGUCGGAGUGGCCAUCUUCAACAGCAUAAAAGAACCCACACAGCGGAGAAACCUUUUGAAUGUUUAGUAUGCGGAAAGAGAUUUGGUGAUAGAGGAUAUCUUCACAAACAUGAGAAAACCCAUACAGGGGAGAAACCUUUUGAAUGUUCAGUCUGUGGAAGGAAUUUUAGUGAGAGGAGAAAUCUUCGAGUGCAUCAGAGAACCCACACAGGGGAGAAGCCUUUUGAAUGCUCAGAGUGUGGAAAAAGAUUCAGUAGGAGUAACAAUCUUCAGCUGCACCAAAUAACACAUACAAAGGAGAAACGUUUUGAAUGCUCAGAGUGUGGAAAGAAAUUUAGUAGGAGUAGCAGUCUUCAACGGCACCAAAGAACCCACACAGGGGAGAAACCUUUUGAAUGCUCAGAGUGUGGAAAGAAAUUCCAGCAGAGCGGUGGUCUUCAAAGGCAUCUGACAACCCACACAGGGGAGAAACCUUUUGAAUGCUCAGAGUGUGGGAAGAGAUUCACUCGGAGUGCCCAUCUUCAACAGCACCAAAGAACCCACACAGGGGAGAAACCUUUUGAAUGCUCAGAGUGUGGAAAGAAAUUCCGGCAGAGUGGUGGUCUUCAAAGGCAUCUGGCAACCCACACAGGGGAGAAACCUUUUGAAUGCUCAGAGUGUGGAAAGAGAUUCACUCGGAAUGCCCAUCUUCAACAGCAUCAAACAACUCACUCUGGGGAGAAACCUUUUGAAUGCUCAGAGUGUGGAAAGAGAUUUGCUCGAAGUGCCCAUCUUCAACAGCAUCAAACAACUCACUCUGGAGAGAAACCUUUUCAGUGUUCAGUGUGUGGAAAGACAUUCCGUCUCAGAAAGCAUCUUCCAAGGCAUCUAAGAACGAGGCUCCGACUCGCCUCCUUCCACCCUCAGCCCGCGUUUCUGCCGGAAACAAAGCGGCGGGAACGGGGGAGCCGUAAUAAGCGAUGCACUUCCCCGUCUGACCCGCCCGCCUCCCGCUGCCAAGUCUGCAAAACUGACCUUGUCUCAAACUGGAUAUUGACACUCGCUGUAAAUCCAAGGAGGCGUGGAGCAUCGGUGUCACAUUCUGGAUCGUGUCCUCUCCAGCGCAGAAUGGAAGCAGCCGCUAUGAACCCGACUCAGAGUCCGAUGACUUUUGAGGAGGUCGCUGUAUAUUUCUCCAAGUCUGAAUGGGCUCUGCUGAAUCCGGACCAAAGAGCCCUGUACAGGGAAGUCAUGCUGGAGAAUUAUGGGAUGUUGGCCUCUCUGGGACUUGCGGUUGCCACCUCUGACCUCCCGUGCUGGCCAGAAGAAGGAGAAGCUUCAUUUCCUUGGGAUGCUGAACCAGGAGCAAGAGCAGCAGGUGAUGAGAAGGAACAUGAGAAGGAACAACAGCCCAAAAGGGAAGCCGAAGUAAAGCAAGAGGAGCAGAAGAAAUCCAUUUUGCCUGACGGAGCUGUUGUUAGUGAAAUUCCAGUCCAACAAGAAGGUUAUGAGAAAAUGACAGUGUUCCCUCUGUGCCCAGAAGUAAUCACUGCUAAAUUAAGUCUUAGCCCACAUCAAACAACACAGCCUGUAGAGAAAUGCUUAGAGAGUGGGAAGACCUACAGUUGGAAAGACCUACACCUUACUGGGAAUGAAAGAAUCCAUGCAGGGGAGAAACCAUAUAAAUGUUCAGAAUGUGGAAAGGGAUUUACUUCUAGAACAAAUCUUGUUUCCCAUCAAAGUAUUCACACAGGGGAGAGACCAUAUAGAUGCUCAGAAUGUGGGAUGUGUUUCAGUCAGGGCUCAGUCCUUGUUUCCCAUGAAAGAAUUCACACAGGGGAGAAACCGUAUAAAUGCUCAGAAUGCGGAAAGUCCUUCAAUAAGAAAGGAAGCCUUACUUCCCAUCGAAGAAUCCAUACAGGGGAAAAACCAUACAAGUGCUUGGAAUGUGGAAUGUGCUUCAGUCAGGGUUCAAGCCUUGCUUCCCAUCAAAGAAUCCACACAGGGGAGAAACCAUAUAAAUGCUCACAAUGUGGGAAGAGCUUCAGUAAGAGCUCAAACCUUGUUUCUCAUCAAAUUAUCCACACAGGAGAGAAACCAUAUAAAUGCUCAGAAUGUGGACAAUGCUUUACUAAAAAUGGAAGCCUUACUUCUCAUCAAAGAAUUCACACAGGGGAAAAACCAUAUCAGUGCUCAGAAUGUGGAGUGCGCUUCAGUCAGGCCUCAAGUCUUGCUUUCCAUUACAGAACCCACACAGGGGAGAAACCAUAUAAAUGUUCUGAAUGUGGAAAGGGAUUCAGUAAGAGUGGAAGUCUUACUUCCCAUCAAAGAAUCCAUUCAGGGGAGAAACCAUAUAAGUGCUUGGAAUGCGGAAAGAGCUUCAGUGACAGCCCAGGUCUUACUUCCCAUCAAAGAAUCCACACUGGGGAGAAACCAUAUAAAUGUUCUGAGUGUGGAAAGAGUUUUAGUCAAAGCUCAAAUCUUGCUUCCCAUCAAAGAAUCCACACAGGGGAGAAACCAUAUAAAUGCUCAGAAUGUGGAAUAUGUUUCACUCAGGGUUCAAGCCUUGCUUUGCAUUAUAGAACCCACACAGGGGAGAAACCUUAUAAAUGUUCCGAGUGUGGAAAGAGUUUCAGUAAGAGUGGAAGCCUUACUUCCCAUCAAAGAACCCAUACAGGGGAAAAACCAUAUAAGUGUUUGGAAUGUGGAAAGAGCUUCAGUCAUAGCACAAAUCUUGUUUCCCACCAAAGAAUCCACACAGGAGAAAAACCAUAUAUAUGCUCUGAAUGUGGAAAAAGCUUCAAUAGGGGAGGUAGUCUUAUUUCCCAUCAAAGAAUCCACACGGGGGAAAGGCCAUAUAAGUGCUUGGAAUGUGGGAAAAGCUUCAGUGAUAGCUCAGGCCUGGCAACCCAUCAGAGAAUCCACACAGGGGAGAAGCCGUAUAAAUGCUGUGAGUGUGGAAAGAGUUUUGGUCAGAGUUCAAACCUUGCCUCCCAUAGAAAAAUCCACAUGGGAACCACGACAUAAAUGUUU